CUAAAGUGCCGCUCAAAGCAGUGACGGAGCGCAGAGAGGAACAGGAGGAGGAGGAGGUGGUGGUGGUUAGCAGUGAGUGUGGAGGCGAGCGAGCGAGCGAGCUGUGACCGGCUGCAAGAGCCCCGAGGCGAGGAACCGCAGGGUGGGGACGUCACGACUGGAGGAGGAGAAUCCUCUCUCUGAGAGACAGCCAUGCCGGCUCCUCCCCCGCCCCCGCCGCCGCCACCAGCGGCACCGCCACCACCGUCAUUCUCCAAGGCAAACGCUCCGAAGCUCUCCGGCUCAGUGCAGAAGGGGAGGGGGGCCCUGCUGUCCGACAUCCACAAGGGAGCGAAACUCAAGAAGACGGUGACCAAUGACCGGAGCGGACUCAUUGUGGACAAGCCGAAGGACAGCGGCGGCGGAGGAGGAGGAGGAGGAGGCAGGAUGGGGGGCGGAGGCGGGGGAAGUGGAGGUGGGCCCAUGGGGGGAGGCGGCCCAGGACUUGGGCCCAUGGCGGGGGGCGGCCCAGGACUUGGAGGGCUCUUUGCUGGUGGAGUUCCGCAACUGCGAGGUGCUGGAGGACGCAGCAGCGGAGACUCGGGCGGAGCACGGGGCCCUCUGCUGCCGCCCUCUGGGAAGCCGUCCCCCUCGGGGUUCGCUCCCAGAGCCGGUGGGCCCUCCUCCAGCGCAAGCCCACGGCUGCCGGCCUUCGCCCCCUCCCGCCCCAGCUUCAAUGCCCGUUCAUCGUCGCCGUCGCCGUCGCCCUCUGCGGCCGCAGAGCCUCCGCGCUUUCCCAAGCCUCUGCGCUCGAGCAACCACAGCGGCGGCAGAGGCGGCGCCGCGAGCCCCGAGCAGCCGAGACCUCCGCUGGGCCUCCAGAAGCCGGGCUUCCCCAAACCGCAGCUGCAGCCCCAGCCCCCUCCGCCGCUGGUGCCGUCGCAAAGCUUCAAGCCGACGCCGUUUGGCAGCAGGCCAGGCCUCCCCGCUCAGCCCAACGACAGCGCUUCGGCCACUUCCUCGCCUCCCAGAAGGUCCUCUGCACACAGCAACUACAGAUCCCCCGGACAUGGGCACACUCCGGAGAAGCCGUCGACGGCGUCAUCACCCCUCAAGCCUCCGUCGGCAAUGCAUGGUCUGUCGUCGGUGCCGUCGCAGUUCGGCGGCAGCCGGCCCGGUCCCUCGCAGCCGCCGUCGUUGCCGGGCGGCCGGGACCGAUGCCCGCCCGUGCCCAGCACCAGCCGUCCCCUGCCGAGCCAGGACAGCGUGUCCAGGGAGUGGCCACCGGCGCCGUCGAGGGAAGUGGCCAAAGAGUGGCCACCGGCGCCGUCCAGGGACGGGGGUAGGGAAUGGCCGCCCGCGCCGUCGAGGGAGGCGGUGAGCAACCCUCCACCGCUCCCUCCUUCGAGCAGCAAGAUGGGACCCCCAGCUGCCUUCCUGCCCAGGUCUGAGAAUCCACCCACGCCGCCGUCGCACAGGAACGGACCCCCCCCACCACUGCCCCCCUCCUCAAACAGGAGGAGCAGCGCGGCGCCUGCCAUCAGAUCGGAUCGCUUUGUGCCGAAGAUCCCCGACGGGCCCUCGCCCCCCUCCCUGCCUAAGCGGCAGAACUCGCUGCAGAUAUUGGCCCCGCGUGGAGGGGCGCUGCCUCCCCCUCUGCCCACGAGCACGAGGCCUCCGACUCCCGCCCGGGAUGCCCAGAGUCGCGGUGGCGCAGCUCAUGCAGUCGCGUCCAGCGCCUUCCCCCCUCCGCCGCCUCCCAACAGGAACGGGCAGAUGAGCGCGCGCCCGGCACCGCCGGUGCCCACGACGGCGCGUCCCUACGCACCAGGGGACCAGCCUCCCCCGCCGCCCCCCCCCAGUAGGCCCAGCUCCAACUUCCCCUCCGCCGCUCCUCCGCCCCUGCCCUCUCGCAACGGUCAUCUCAACUCGCCCACGUCAGAUGAUUUCGAGUCGAGAUUUAAUUUCCACCCCGUCUCCGACUUCCCCAUUCCCGAGCGCUUUCAGAACAUCCACAAGACGUAUCCCAGCCAGGCGAUGAGAAACGACUCCGUGAACUCGCGAUCGUACCCUCCACCCCUCCCGUCUCGCUAGCCGAGGCCCCGGCGUCUCGCUAGCCGAGGCCACGGGGGGCUGGCUACAACUCGACCCCACCAGAGAGCGGCCUGGCGCUGCUGUGCCGGACAUCGCACCGGACGACCCCGAGGGGUGCGCGCGACCUUGCGCUGGAGCUCGCGCGACGUGCCCUGACGGUGCUCCUCUCGGCUCGCACGCUAGGGGAGCGUGCGAGAGGAUCCGAUCACCAGCCCGCGGCGUUUCCGCGUCGAGUGAUGAGGCAGCAGCAGCAUCAGCAGCGGGUUGCGGUCGUGUGCCUGGGCAGCCUUGAAAUGCCCGGCCUGUGUAAAGGUGCCGCCCUGGGGCGCACAGACCUAGCUCAGACUCCUCAACUCCACGUGCCCAAAGUGCUAAACGUCACAUGCAUUAAUGCCUCCAGUCACACGAGGCAUCUUGCUGCAUUGAGCACUUGAAAUCGCUUUCUUGUUGUUGUAUUCUUCUUACAUCUUCACAGCUCUUAAAAUGCCACUUUGUUUAAAACUGCGGCGUGCUGUUACGAGACACGGCAGUGUCGCGUAUAAGAGGGCGCGUUUCUCAGCCAAUACAAAUGUCUAUUGGUUGGUUUGUUUGUGCCUUACCAGUUGAGGUUUCUUCACCGACGUUUCAGGUGUUAUUGUACAUACAGUAUGCAGUCAUCCUCUUAGAGUUUACCUUGUAGUUUGCCCGUGGGCAUUUUUAAUUGAUCGUUUGCUGGUUCGCAGCCGUUUACAAAGACACAUUGUUUAAAGUCGUAAAAGUAACUUGUAUGGAUACUUUGAAUACUCUGUUAUGUAUGUUGACAUUUUCGUGAUUGUUUUUAUUCUUAACUCCUCACAUUUGUUGUUACCAAAGUACCAAAGGAAUGCAGUGGCCAUAUGUACUUGACGUUUACAAUGGGCAGAUAUUGAUAUUGAUGGAUUUCUUUUGAUAUAAGGAAGAAUUAAUUGAUAAAAUGGGGCACUUUUUUGACAUAUGCAUAAAAAUCAAAUAUGAGACAAGGCUCUAUGCAGAGUUCUUAAUUUCAGUCUUGGAGGUCAGUGGUCGUUAUGCCACGGUUAAUCAAGAAGGUCAGACAAUUUCUGGCAGAAUAAGCUGCGUAUUUUAAAGGAAACUUUAUUUUACUUCAUUUGUAUAUUAUAUAUUUUACAGAGUUGAACUUAUUUGCCGAAACAACGGCGGUAAACCCGACGCCUGCAUCUCUGUCGCAUUGCUGGGUUAGUGCGUAGCACGUGAGGGGCGUAGAGGUGUGGUGCAGGCUUGCCCGUUUUGCACACCCCUGGGCGUACGUGAUCAUGCAAGGAGAUGGCAAGCCUUGAGCAUAAUGAGCUCGACAAUCAUGGAAGACGCCUUGGAGAGCAGACAGACCCCCCCUCCCCCCCAGCGCACCACACUCGUGGAGGUGCGAGUCUCUUGACUAAGCACUCCCCACCUCGUGCUAAUGUCGGUCCUUUUGUGUGUAGUUAGUUGUCCUUCCUCCGCACCUCCGAGUAGCACGGUUGGCUACGUGCGGUGCGAAAGAAGUUCAACGAUCGUACAAACGUGCACCACGUGUCGCGGAGGUGCGGGUCCACCGCGGUACAAUCGCUCCACGCGGAAUCCGCUCGCGUGCGGAGCGGCGGGGCCGCGCUUGAACUUGUUUGUCGGUUUACAAAGCCCCGCGCAUUUACCCUCUCCGCCGCAGCAUCGUGCUUGUGGGGCGUCCGUCGUGAAGGAUGCGCCUGCGAUCAUCGUGCAAAAUGAGCAACCAAAACUUCAGAGUUCGUCGGACCGUGUUGGCACCGUGCUGCUGCGGGUCGCUUCGUUUCGCUGUCUGUCUUCCGUGCAGAGGUGUCGGGAGUGCGUGUUCGCUCAAUCCUCGUCCAUUGUAAAACAAAAGCUUACUCCGCUACUUAGUGUAUGACGUAUGUGUAUAAGGGUCGCUUCCCCAUGUAAUCCUCUCGUUAUAUCGUCGGGUAUUUGUGCGCGAGUCGCACAUUCCGAAUGAAGUCUUCGUCGUGGGCACGCGUGCGUGUUCCCGCGUGGCCGUGUCUCUCAUCCCCCCCCCCCCCCCCCCCCCGGUGCAUCAGGUACGGGUGAGUCGAAGGUGCCUCUCGCUCGUGAGCUUGGCACAGAGCAGUGGGCACCUGUCGCCCGCCAGCUCCGUCGAUGGCCCUGCCCUCGGUUGGCGGAACGGUUGUGGUGGUUUUGUCAGCCACGUGUCCUAAGUCGAAGUUUCCAUUGGGCACGGAGGCGCAAAGCCAUCGAGGAACGGUCUGACGACGUCGUCGUGGUGGUGAGGGUGAGCGAGGAGAGUGGAAACAGCGCCGAAGUGACACAUCGUCAUCCUCGUUGCCCUGCAUUGCCCCACGCGGAGAGCACACGCAAUAAAGGGCUUCUGCAUACUCGA